AUGUCUUACAAACUUAGUUCUACUUUACUUGGUCACGAACAGGAUGUCAAAGAUGUUGCCACUACUGAAUAUGGUGGAUUAGUUUCUGUACUGAGAGAUGGUACAACAAGAAUCUGGUCAGAUAUUUAUACAACUCAUUCUGAGGCAACCAUUGUUUUCCAUUCACCAACCAACUCAUUUAUUAAUUCAGUAGCAUGUAUCAAUGGUUUGAUUGCUAGUGGAGGCCAAGAUACCAUGAUUUAUUUAAGCGAUGAACAUGGUGAGGAUAAAUAUCAAUUAAUCGGACAUGAAGGAAAUGUGUGCUCAAUGUCUUAUUCUCAUGGCCAAUUGAUUUCCAGUUCUUGGGAUUGUACUGCAAUUGUAUGGAAUUUAAAAGAAUUUGUUCCUAAAUACAUAUUAUCAGGACACGAGUCUUCAGUAUGGGAUUGUCAAGUAUUGGGAGAAGAUCACUAUUUAACUUGUAGUGCCGAUAAAACCAUCAGAUUUUGGCACGGAAAAUCGGAAGUAAAACAAUUUGUUGGCCACCUGGAUGUGAUUAGAAAAUUGUUGAUUUUAGAAGGUGGGGAACAAUUUUUGUCUUGUUCAAACGAUGGCACUAUCAAAUUGUGGGACCUCCAAACAGGGAAGAACUUGCAAACAUUUUAUGGCCACGAAUCCUUUGUUUACGAUUUAGCAUUAAUAGCUAACGGCAAGUUUGUAUCUACGGGUGAAGAUAGAACAGUCAGAAUAUGGGAUUUAGCAACAGGGAAUGUGUUGCAAGUCAUUACUUUGCCAUGUAUAUCUGUAUGGUGUGUGACUGCAUUACCAAAUGGUGAUUUUGCAGUGGGUGGCUCUGAUAAUUUGGUCAGAGUUUUCACAGCUCACCCUGAAAAGGUUGCUCCUGAAGAAGAGUUGUUGAAGUUUAAAGAGGCUGUUCAGUCAUCUUCAAUUGCAGAGCAGUCGCUAGAUGAUUUGAAAAAAACUGACAUUCCUGGGUAUGAGGCAUUAUCACAGCCUGGUAAACAGGAAGGGUCCACCAUUAUGGUUAAGAAUCCUGACAAUGGAACAAUUGAAGCACACCAAUGGUCUGGUGGAGAAUGGCACAAAAUUGGUGACGUUGUUGGAUCUUCGAGCAGCGGCAAAAAGCAGACUUACCAGGGGAAAGAAUAUGACUUUGUUUUUGAUGUCGAUAUAAAGGAUGGCGAGCCACCAUUGAAAUUACCAUAUAACGUAAAUGAUAAUCCAUAUACUGUGGCAGAAAAGUUCUUAAGUGACAACGAUUUGCCUGCAUCCUACACUGAUGAAGUUGUUAGAUUUUUGCAGAAAAAUACAGAAGGGGUGAGCUUACAGGAAAGCACCAAUGACUCGAACAACCCAAGUGCUGGAAGAGUUAUUGAUCCUUAUUCUGAUGCUUAUAAUAAGCAACAAAAGCAACAAGGGAACUUGGCUUUGAAAGUGAUUCCUUCCAAGUCUUAUAUUUACUUCACCGAUUACAAAAGGGAACUGUUAGUGAAUGGACUCAAAAAAUUAAACCUGUCCCAGGAUUCCGAGUUGCAGUUAUCGGAUCAAGACUUUUUGGCUGUUGAGUCUUCUUUACUGGAAUUGAAUUCUAAGCAAGCGCUAGAAUUAAUCACCAAGUAUUGCAGUCAUAUUAUUAGAAAAUGGACAGCUUCUGCAAAAUUGAUUGGGUUUGAUUUAUUGAGAGUCAGUAUUCCCAAGGUGACAACAGUUGAUAUAUUAACAUCAACUGAUGCUGCUGAGAUAAUUUUAGAUGUUGUGAAUUUAGGAUUGGAAAACAUAAAUGUGGAAAAUCCAGCACUUUUGAUGAUGAUUCUCAAAGUGUUGAACAAUUUAGUUGGAACCACGUUGUUCGUUCAGUUGUACAUUGACCCUUGUGGCACUGACAAUAAAUUAUACGAAUACAAUACGUUUUUCCAGAACUUGUUAAAGAAGUUACAGAAUAGCACUGCCAAAUUGACACAGCUGGCAAAAUUAUAUACAUCUACGAUGACAGCAUUAACAACAUUGGUGUAUAAUUUAUCGGCAUAUCAAUUGCAAACCAGUGCAUUGAAAAAUAACAUGGGAUCUGCCAAGCCGGUUAUCGAAUUUAUGGAUAAUUUAGGUAAUCAGAUUGUUGCUUCCUCAAGCGAGGCUGCUUAUCGGUUAGCAGUUGCGUAUGGUAAUUUCAAAUAUGGAAAAUUAUACACUAACGAAACCCCUUCAUGGUUAGCUGAAGCAGGAACUCUUUACGCAAUUAAUGGCGAACAACGAUUCCUUGAUAUCGCAGAAGAUUUAAAAAAUAUAUAA